GUUAUCUGCCCAGUAACCCUGAAGCUAUAGUCCUGGACAUUGACUAUAAAUCAGGACUGCCGAUGCAGAGUGCUGCCAAAGCGCCGUAUCUGGCCAAAUUCAAGGUGAAACGCUGUGGAGUGAGUGAACUGGAGAAAGAGGGUUUGCUGUGUCGCUCCGACUCACUGGAUGAAGCUCAGAGUGGAGACGACACACAGAAGAUCUGCUGGCAGGCGGCUAUCUUUAAAGUUGGAGACGACUGCAGACAGGAUAUGUUGGCGUUGCAGAUCAUCGGUCUGUUUAAGAACAUUUUCCAGCUGGUGGGACUCGAUCUGUUCGUUUUUCCAUAUAGGGUGGUCGCUACAGCACCAGGGUGUGGCGUCAUCGAGUGCAUCCCAGACUGUAAGUCCAGAGAUCAGCUGGGACGACAGACGGAUUUCGGGAUGUACGAUUAUUUCCGUAACCAGUACGGAGACGAAUCCACUCUAGCCUUCCAGAAGGCGAGGUAUAACUUCAUCCGUAGCAUGGCCGCAUACAGUCUGCUGCUCUUCCUGCUGCAGAUCAAGGACAGACACAAUGGAAACAUCAUGCUGGACAGACAGGGCCACCUCAUCCACAUCGAUUUCGGCUUCAUGUUCGAGAGUUCUCCGGGUGGGAAUCUGGGCUGGGAGCCGGACAUCAAACUGACCGAUGAGAUGGUGAUGAUCAUGGGCGGGAAGAUGGAGGCCACCCCCUUCAAGUGGUUCAUGGAGAUGUGUGUGCGCGGAUACCUGGCUGUCAG